UACCGCAUGUACAACGAAAAACUAGCUUGCAACUAAACAAAUCAUUAGUUUCUUCAUUGAAAACGGUCCGAAAAGGGAAAGCAAAUUUGUCGGGUAAUUUUCUAAGCCGCGUUACAAAAUACACCCGGAAACUCCAACGCAACAGGGCGUAAAAAACUGUUAUGUUUGCCUUUACAGAUGCUCUAAAAUAGUUAGUAAAAGUAGCUAAAAGCGGCUACAAAAAAUGUCGUGUGCGCUGGUUGGACCCUCUGGGAUCCGGAUUUCUCUGCAGGAUGGACGGGCCGUGAUUCUGGGCCGAGGUCCGGAGACCGGAGUGGCCGACAAGAAAUGCUCCAGGCACCAGGUGAAGGUGGUGGCUUGUUAUGAGGAGCAGGAUGUGGUUGUUACUCAGCUGGGGCCCAAUCCCAGUUUCCUGAACGGUGAAAAGCUUGGCCGGGGUCAGUCGGGUAAACUCACCCACCAAGGGACCCUUUACCUGGUCAACCAGAGCCACCCGUUUACAUUGAACUGCUCUCUGAGCUCCAAUGGAACAGCAGCUUGCAGCAUGGCAAAGGGCCUGAAAGCCAAAGAUAAGACUAAAGGAGGGAGAAAUGGAAAAGAGGCCGAAGCGAGUCCGACGCCCAAACGCAGCAUCAAGGAUUUCUUUUCCACCUCUCCCUCUAAGCCUUCUAAAAGGCAGCUGAGCCCAGAGCAGUACCACCCUGAAGUGAAGCGACAGAGAUUAGACCACCAGGAUGAGGAGGAGGAGAGACUCGCUGAGGAAAAACUAAAGCACCUGCAGGAGUUUGCAAAAACGAACAUGACAGAGGAGAAAAAAGACGCCCAGUCUUCCCUUUCUUCAUCUCCAGCAAAGGCGUGGGUGACGAGCAGCUGGCAGCAGACAGGAAACCUGAUGUUUUACACCGCUGCAGGAGUGAAAGCGAGCGACAAGAUUGCUGGGUUUGAUAUUGAUGGAUGUAUAAUCACCACCAAAUCUGGAAAAGUAUUUCCUACUGCACCUGAUGACUGGAAGAUUCUGUACCCUGAGAUUCAGCCCAGGCUGGCCAGCUUGCUCAAAAAAGGAUAUAAGGUUGUUUUCUUCACCAACCAGCUGGGAAUCGCUAGGGGCAAACUGAGACCGGAAGUGUUCAAGUCAAAAGUCGAGGACGUCCUCGCCACACUGCGGCUCCCCGUGCAGGUGUUUGUAGCCAGCGGUCCUGGUGUUUGCAGAAAGCCUGUGAUUGGAAUGUGGAAUCACCUGUGUGAGAAAGCUAAUGAUGGUGUGACUGUCGACAAGACACAGAGUUUUUAUGUAGGCGAUGCUGCAGGAAGGCCGGAGAACUGGGCUCCUGGCAAGAAGAAGAAGGAUUUCUCCUGCAGUGACAGACUGUUUGCACUGAACAUUGGGUUGCAGUUCCACACCCCAGAAGAGUACUUUUUGGGUUGGAAGAGGGCCCCCUACAGCCUGCCUGACUUUGACCCUCGGAAACUUGACUCCACCUGCAGAUUGUUCGACCCACCGUCCACCUCUCUCACCACCACCAAGACAGAAGUCAUUGUUGCUGUUGGUUACCCUGCAGCUGGUAAAUCCACCUUCUUCCACACCCACAUUAUUCCAGAGGGCUACGUCUAUGUCAACAGGGACACACUCGGCUCCUGGCAGAACUGCGUGUCAGCUUGUGAGCGCGCUCUUGGGGAAGGCCGAAGCGUCGCUGUGGACAACACCAACCCAGACCCAGAGUCUCGCAAACGAUACAUAGACGUGGCCAAAGCAGCGGGAGUUUCCUGUCGCUGUUUCCUCUUCACUGCCAGUUUGGAGCUAGCCAAGCACAAUAACAGAUUUCGUGAGAUGGCUUCAUCCGACAGGAAACACGCUAAGGUCAACGACAUGGUUUUCCACAGCUACAAGAAACACUUUGUUGGUCCAGUUCUCUCAGAGGGAUUCUCAGAGAUCCUUCAAAUCCACUUCGUUCCACACUUUACGGACAGACAGACUGAAAGUCUGUUCAGACAGUUUUCUGAGGGCUGACUGGACUCCUGCUGCGUGAUCUGACCUGGACGGAGCCUAGAUGACACCUCAGGAAAACAACUGGCAGUCAUUAGACCCACAGCUGAUGACCAGGCUGCUGAUUUAGCUGACAUACGGUGUUUGCAGCAAAAUGUUGAAGAGAUUACUUUAAGCAACAGUGAUGUUAGUCAGAUUAGAUCAGAAUCAGGGCCUCUUAUUUAGAUAAUGUUGCAACAAGCAUUUCAACAUAUGAACAGACAUACAUGCUUGCAGUCUGUAUGUUGAGCUUAGAGAACAAACUUAAGAAUAAAGCGUUGCUCUCCACUGAGCAUUUCAGUGGUACCUAACUAGACAUUAAAGAUCCCAAACCUUGA